AUGUGCGCGGAUACCUGCGCGGAGCUGCAAGGGUGCACGCAUUUCACGUGGCUUGACCCGACAAAGCAGCAGGAGGAUGACGGGCGCAGCUGCUACCUGAAGCACGGCGAGCAGCGCAAGAAGAGCAACUCGACCCGCGGGGUGGUCUCCGGCGUGUGCCGGCAGGCGCGCAGCGUCGUGGUCGCGCACGCUCCCGCGGGCUGGCUCCGAGCCGACGGCUGCCACGCGGAGCCCGGCGUCGACUACAAGGACGACUUCGUAGCAGAGGUGCGCGGCGUCGCCAGCGCCUCGGAAUGCGGAGGGGCAUGCCUCCUCCUCGACGGCUGCACCCACUACUCCUGGGUCGGCAACGAAUCGGCGGGGCCCGCGUGGUACAGGAAUUGCUACCUGAAAACGGGAUCACCGACUGGGCGCCACGCCAACGGCGUCAUCACAUCCGGACGCUGCAGCAGGAACGGCGGGACGCAUACUUCACCUUCACCCAUGGCGGCGUCGGUGCCCCCCGAGGACGCGAACCAGGUCCGCGUCGAUUCUACCGUCUUUGCCGACAAGACCAUGGCGAACAAGGCGGCGCCCUCGGCGCCUGCGCGGGCGCUGCCGUCGGUGGUGGCGGACCGGCAGGCGGGCCGCUUCCCCAAGCGCCCUUCGGCCCUGCUGCUGGGGGCCAUGGGCGCCAUCGGGGCGGUGGCGUUCGUGAGCACAGGCUACGCCAUCCGCAAGUGCACCAGCGGG